GGUGAUUCUUUCUCCAUAAAAAAAAAUAUAUAUAUAUAUCCUAAAUGGAGUUUUUGUGGAUUUGUCUGCUACUGGAGUUGAUCAUGAUGUCCAUGGCUGCCAGAGGUCCUCCCAAGGUUUCAGAGAAGGUGAACCCUCGUCAGAGUGUCCGACUGGGUCGCACAGCCAAGCUGCCUUGCCCUGUGGAAGGAGACCCGCUCCCCAUCAUGAUCUGGUCCAAAGACGGUCGAAAUAUCAACGGUGGCUGGACCCGGUUCAAGGUGUUGCAGCACAGCCUUCGCAUAAAGGAAGUGGAGACGGACGAUGCAGGCACCUACAUCUGUAGGGCUAUCAAUGGGUUUGGCAGCGCCAACAUUAACUACACCCUGAUUGUCAUAGAUGACUCCAGCGUGAGGAAUGGAGCUGGGGAACCUACAGGGGACUCUGUGCACCCACCAGACCUGGCAGGGAAACUAGUUCGUCCUCGUUUCACCGAGCCGGCAAAGAUGAGGAGACGAGUCAUCGAGCGUCCGGUGGGCAGCUCUGUGCGCCUGAAGUGCACAGCGAGUGGAAACCCCAACCCAGAUAUCGUCUGGCUGAAAGACAGCAAGCCUCUGGUGGAUGAGGAAGGGGGCGAGAGGAAGAAGAAGAGGUGGACCCUGAGUCUGAAGAACCUCACGCCCGAGCACAGUGGAAAGUACACCUGCCAUGUCUCCAACAAAGCUGGGGAGAUCAACGCCACCUACAAAGUGGAAGUCAUACAGCGAACCAUCUCCAAACCGAUCCUAACCGGCACCCACCCUGUCAACACCACCGUGGACUACGGUGGAACCACGUCUUUCCAGUGUAAAGUCCGCAGCGAUGUCAAGCCUGUCAUCCAGUGGCUAAAAAGAGUCGAACCCGGCGAUGAGAACAAAUUCAACUCCACCAUCGAGGUCGGAGAGUACCGCUUCGUGGUGCUGCCCACAGGAGAGGUUUGGUCCAGACCAGAUGGUUCAUAUCUCAACAAGCUGCUAAUCAGCAGAGCCAAGGAGGAGGAUGCUGGGAUGUACAUCUGCCUAGGAGCAAACACCAAGGGCUACAGCUUCAGGAGUGCCUACCUCACUGUGCUGCCAGAUCGGAAAUCUCAGCCCAGCUCCAUCCCGCCUGUUCCAUACCAAAGCCUUCCAUGGCCCGUCAUUAUCGGCAUCCCGGCAGGCGUGGCCUUCAUCCUAGGCACCGCUCUCCUCUGGUUCUACCAAUCAAAACGUACAUGCACCUCUUCCUCCUCUGCUCUCCCCGCCGCUCAGCGUUUACCUGCAGCCAGCCGCGAUCGCGCCUGCCCAGCGCUGCCCGCACAGUCCACCACUGCAGACAAAGACUCCCUCUCGUAUGAGGAAUACCUCGCCCAUCAACAGCUGCUCCUGGCUCAGGGAGGGGCUGGUCUGGCUCCCAAGGUCUACCCAAAGAUCUACACGGACAUCCACACGCACACCCACUCGCAUGUUAACGGGAAAGUUCACCAGCAUCAGCACAUUCACUACCAAUGUUAGCAGUGAGCGCAGAGGCUUCGGUGUCACAUUUCAACCUCUUUGGUGGACAUGUCGGUGUGCAUGCAGAUGCAGUCAUAACAUGAAAAUCAGAGCAAAGAACAUGGAAGAGACCCUGCAACUCCGCUCCAGACGUGUGACUGUUAAUGGACCUAAGGCUGAUGUACUGGAGGACAUAAGGAAAUCCUACCAAAGCAAUAGCAGAUGGUUCUGUGCUGUCUUUACACAAGCACAGCUUCCUCUGAGAACUUGGGGCAGACAGCAUGCUAACACCACCAACGGCUCCUGGCACCAUCUGGCUACGCAGCAUCCUUCUUUAACAUCAACCCAACUGUGAUGGAACAGCAGCAACAAGCUGCUCCAGUUUAACUUUGGAGCCUAAAGCGCUUCACCUCAUUUGAACACGCUUAACUCCUACAGAGUUUUAUACCUUUGAACACUCUAAGGAGAAGUCUCAUGAAAGUAUUCACACCUUUUGACCUUUUUAUACAUUUUAUCAGGAUACAAACUUCUUACAUGCUAUUAUAACUGUGAAGUGGAAGAAAAAUGGAGUAGAAUACAAUCAUACUCAUUAUUGUUAGCUGAUAACAUCUGGAAGUGUGACGUGCAUUUGGUCUCAUUCCUCUCCACUCCAAACCCUAUAACGCUUUAACAUAUUCCCCUAUUGAAACAUGGUGGUGGCAGCAUCAUGAUGUGGGAAUGCUUUCCCUCAACAGGGACAGGGAAGCUGAUCAGUUUUUAUGAGGAAAUGGAUGGAGCUAAAAUCCAGGACCUUCCUGGAGGAAAAGCUGUUAAAGGCUGCAGAAGAGGGAGGGAGGUUCACCUUCCAACAGGAGAACCACCCUGAACAUUCAGCCAGAGAUAUGAUGGGUAGAUUCACCUAGUAAAGAAGCCCUGCUGCAUUUACUGAGGAGAAGGGAAAAUUAUGCAAAAACAAGCUGUAGUUUAAAGGUCUUGAUUGUAAGGUAUGAUUAAAACAUUCGUUUUUGACUCAUGCCACACACAAGAAAAAGUUUAAGGGGAGUGAAUACUUUUGUGAGGCUCCUGAUAUAUGAGGUUAUGGUUCAUCUUUUAUCCAAAAAGCUGUUUUCCACAAGCCUGUUUGAAGUAAGUUUUAUGAUCAUAUUGGAUUCAUUUUGGCCUGAAUCUCAGACUAAACCCAUCUGAGCCAAAACAAACUGCUGUAUCUCCAGUGAAGACAGAACCAGGCUCAGCUUUUCAGUCUGAAAAGAUCCAAAGCUGCAGGGUGAUUCCUCAUUAGGUCCAUCUUCAUCCAAACAGCUGGUGGACUGAUCUAAAAUACCUUUGCAGUAGUAAGCUUCAGAUUUGUUGCAAAGAAGCUGACAGAACCUGUCAGCAAUCGGAGUGAUUUCCUCCUUUCUGCUGCAACAUCUCCUGUUCUGCUCAGUCUGAUCCUCAAACAUCACAGUGAUGAAUGUCAAAGUCUUUUUCAACAUUUCAUUGAUCCUUGGAGAAUUUAAACAGCUUCAAACUGAUGGACUUAAAAGGUUUUUUAUUGUUUUUUUUUUAUUCUUUACCUUCCUAAUGGGGUCUAUUGUAUGAUGAAUAAUUUAAAGUCCAAGAGACUUAGUUUUUUGUUUUGUGAAAAUUAAAUUAACUUGUUAAAUUGCAGACCCACUAAUAACAAACCCAAGAAAUGAAUCAGUAAGUUCUGCUUAAUUUAAGUGCUAUGCAUUAUUUUCCCUUUUUUUUUCUUUUUUUAACAUACUUUGUCCAUGGCACAUUUUUGAGCUGUUUUUGACCUAGUGGAUAGAAAUUUGGAAAUUUUGCUUUCAGAUUUAUUUUCAUUUUCUUUCAUUUAAUUUCUGUUUUCUUAGUUAAGUCAUUCUCUAGGGCCAAAAGAAACACAAUACAACAAAUAAUCACAUCCAGAACAUAAUAAAUACAUAUUUGCCUUCAAAUUUAUAUAUUUCAUGGUUUACAUUUUAAUAUAAAUAAUUAAUUAUUGCAUUCCGACCAUUAAUCCAAUCAUUAAUCGAAUAUUUUUUUCCCUAGAAGAUCUAAAUAAAUAAAUAUUUAAUUAUUAAUUUAAACCCAGAUGUAUUCUUUUAAAAUUAUUUGAGGUGAUUUUCUGUAUUUGGAUUUUCAAAUCAAACAUUUAUUAUAUUAAAGGUACAAAUAUCCCCAAAAAUUUAAAUUUUAAGCAAAUAUUUUUCAAUGAUUUAAGUUCCAUAUUAAUGCUAAUGAUUUAGAUAAAAUUCUAGUUAAUACAAAAAAAAACAAUCUUAAGUCAACUUUCUAAAGCUGGAAAUUUUUUUUGAAUUGUUAUUAAUUAAAUUCCUCCAUCAUAAAUGUAUUUUAUCACUCCUUAUUGAGCCUCAUGUCGACUCUAACAUAUGAUUGCAUACUGGAUGAAUUGUAGAGCAAUUAGCUUCUCUACAGCAGCGUUGGCUCAACCCACAUGUUUCCGUUUUGUAUUCCAUCUGAUAUACAUGAAUAUUUCUUUAUGCAUUAAACUUUAGUGCUUUUGGCCCUUGAUAAUCCAACAACUCUUCAAUUUGUAGCAGAUUUUAGAUAAAACUUGAACCAUUUUUAUUCUCACUAAGUGACUUAAUUUCAGACGCAUCUGUGGUCCUUUUAGAACAAGACAAGCCAGUUUAAUGAAGCAUGAUCACCUGUGAGAGGGAAG